CAUUUUUUAAGUUUUUUUGGUAAAAUUGUGUUGUGUUCUAUAGUAUACUUACUAUACUCUUUGUUCUAUACUCUUGAUCUACAAUCCGAACGUGCUUGACGUAAAAUUAAAAAGAAGUAAAGGAGGGGGACAGACACGACGACGAGGCAAUAUCCACUAGAAUACUACUUUUAUUCCCUAUAAAAAUUAACAUACGUUCGAAGUCUGCUUUUCACAUGAUAGAAAUCAUAAAACACACGAAAAUUAAACAUUAUAUUACAGAUAUUGUGACUUAAUAUAUUAAGUACCACGACAACAUGGGGAAAGCAAAAAAAGGAAAGAAGAACCUAGCUGCAGAUGAUGGCAGCGAUGUGGAAACAACCAACAUUGAUUCCCUAAAGCCGGUGCCUAAUAAAGGAAAGAAAAUCAGUCAAUCAGAUGAGAGCGAUAAUGAAAAACCGAAAACUAAAUCAAAGGUUAAAAAAGUAGAUACUGAUGUUAAGGAAGUCACAAAAAACAUUAAAAAUGUAUCCAUUUCCAAUAAGACUCAAAAAAAGAAACAGGAUGUUAGCAGUGAAGAUGAGUCAGAUGCGGAGGUAGAGCAAAAGCCCAAGAAAAACAAGAAGAAAGAGGAGAAAAGUGCAUUUUCUUUGUUAGCCAUUGAAGAUUCAGGAGAAUCAGCCCCUGAAGCACCUCCAUCUUCAGAUGAUGAAAAACCAAUACAGAAACAACAAAUGAAACCUGCACAGGAGAAAAAAGAACCAGCUGGCAAGAAAGGAAAAAAAGCCAAGAGAAAGAAAGAUGAUAGUGAUGAGGAUAUAGAAAAAGUUCUAGCUGAACUUGAAAUGGAAUAUGCUGGAGUGAAAACUGAACCAACACCUGCUCCAGUCGAGGAAAAACCACAAGAAGAUGUUGAAGAGAAAUCUAAAAACAAGAAAAAGGGUAAAAAAGAGGAACUAGGAAGUAAAACAGAAGAAAUGGGUGUAGAUGAAAAAGAUAGUGAUAAUGAAAAUGACAUAACAAUUAAAACUGCUGCUCAGAAGAAGAAAGAAAAGAAAGAACGUGAGAAGUUGAAAAAACAAGAAGCUAAAAAGAAAGAGCAAGAUCCUAAAAAAGAUGUAAAUGAUAGUAAAGCUCCUACGAAAGCCCCUGAGACUAAAGCAGAUGUUAAGGCAACAGCAAACCUGGUUGUUAAUGAAGAACCAAAGGUAAUUUCGGAGGAAAAAGAUAAAGAUGCUGAAGGAGAUGCUCCUGCAACUGAAGGAAAGAAAAAGAAAAAAGGUGAUAAGGCUGAAAAAGAUGAUAAAGCUAAAAAAGGUCCUACUAAAAAGACUAUUGCAGCAAUGCAAGAAGCACUGAAAAAAGUAAAGGAAGAGGAGGAAAGGCUCAAAAAAGAAGAGGAAGAAAGGAUAAAACAGGAGGAAGAACGAGAGCGCCAAAGACUUGAAGCUAUAAGACUUGAAAAAGAACGCAAGGAACGGAAAAAGCAAAAAGAAAAGGAGAGAAAAGAAAGACUUAAAGCUGAAGGUAAGCUGUUAACUCCAAAGCAAAAAGCGGAAAAGGCAAGGGCUCAAGCUAUGUUGGAAUCUUUGAAAGCACAAGGAAUUGAGAUAGGAUCUACAGAAAAGAGACCUCCUAGGUUAGGAACUAGAAUUAAGCCACAGAAAUUGAAAACUCAAAUGUCUCAAGAAACACCCACAACUCCUGCGGAGGAAAAGAAAUUUGAUUUGGAUGUUACACAGAAAAAGGAAGAGCCUCAAAAAUCUGAAGAAAAGCAGGAAGAGAAUGAUUUGAUCAAAGACUCUUGGGAUGCAGAGUCUUCUGAAGAGGAAAUUGAGGAGCCUGCUAAGGCUGAACCUGCGCCGGCGAAAGCUGCAAGUCCUGCUAAAGAACCAGUAAAGUCAAAACAGGAGAAACAGAAGCCGAAACAAGAUGAAGAAACUUCCGAAGAAGAGGAUGGCAGCUCUGAUGAGGAUUCAAGUUCAGAAGAAGAUAGUGAAGAUGAUCAAAUGACUGAUGCUCAAAAGAAGAGGGAGGUUGUCCUCAAGAGAUUAGAAAAACGACGUGAAGAGAAUGAACAAAACAAAGCAAAUAACCCUCUCCGUGCUGCUGUGGUGUGUGUACUAGGUCAUGUAGACACUGGGAAGACCAAGAUCCUGGACAAGCUGCGUCGCACCAACGUGCAGGAUGGAGAAGCGGGUGGUAUCACGCAACAGAUUGGUGCUACUAAUGUACCAAUUGAGAAUAUUAAAGAACAAACAAAGCAUGUUAAAGGGGUGAAUGAAAUAGCAUUCAAAUUGCCAGGAUUGCUUAUUAUCGACACUCCUGGGCACGAAUCCUUCAGUAAUCUGAGAAGUCGAGGCUCCUCAUUAUGUGAUAUCGCAAUUCUGGUAGUGGAUAUUAUGCACGGUCUGGAACCACAGACAAUAGAAUCAAUAAAUCUACUUAAACAGAAGAAGACACCGUUCAUAGUGGCUCUGAACAAGAUAGAUCGUCUGUAUGAUUGGCAGAGUGCACAGCGUAAGGAUGUGCGAGAUAUACUCAAGUUGCAGCAACCUAACACUCAGCUGGAGUUUGAUAAGAGGAGCAAGGAGGUCAUUGUACAGUUUGCUGAACAGGGUCUGAACGCGGCGUUGUUCUACGACAAUCCGGACCCACGGUCAUAUGUGUCUUUGGUGCCGACUUCAGCGGUAACAGGCGAGGGUAUGGGCAACCUGCUCGCUAUGAUUGUGCAAGCUUGUGAGGGACCGCUGCACAAGAGGCUAGUGUUCUCGCAGCAGCUGCUAGCCACCGUACUAGAGGUAAAGGCCAUUCCCGGUCUGGGUACAACUAUUGAUACAAUUCUGAUCAACGGAACACUCCAUGAGGGAGACACCAUGAUCCUGGCAGGCACGGAUGGGCCCAUUGUCACUCAGAUCCGUUCUCUGCUGAUGCCGCAGCCUAUGAAGGAGUUGAGAGUUAAGAACGCGUACAUGGAGCACAAGGAGGUGGUGGGCGCUCAGGGAGUGAAGAUCGCCGCCAAGGAGCUGGAGAAGGCGAUCGCAGGACUCAACCUGCUCGUCGCACAGAAACCUGAUGAAGUUGAUGUCUUAAAGGAGGAGGUGGCGCGCGAGCUGAAGUCUGCGCUGUCGUCCAUCAAGCUGUCGGAGCGCGGGGUGUACGUGCAGGCUUCCACGCUGGGCUCCCUCGAGGCCCUGCUCGAGUUCCUCAGGACCAGCAAGAUACCGUAUUCCGCGAUCAGGAUAGGUCCGGUGGUAAAGCGCGAUGUGAUGAAGGCGUCCGCCAUGUUGGAGCAUGACUCGCAGUAUGCCACUAUACUGGCAUUCGAUGUUAAGAUCGAACGUGACGCUCAGGAGUUAGCAGACCAGCUGGGUGUGAAGAUCUUCGCUGCAGACAUUAUUUACCAUCUGUUCGACAAGUUCACCGCCUACAGGGAGGAGCUGAAGCAGAGGAAGCGUGAGGAGUUCAAGCACAUCGCUGUAUUCCCAUGCAAAAUUAAGGUGUUGCCGCAGUUCGUGUUCAACUCCCGUGACCCCAUAGUGAUGGGUGUCAUGGUGGAGGCGGGCAUUGUGAAGGAGGGCACGCCUAUAUGUGUGCCAAGUAAAGAGUUCGUGGAGCUGGGCUUGGUGACGUCUAUCGAGGUGAACCACAAGCAGGUGGAGACGGCGCGCAAGGGUCAGGAGGUGUGCAUCAAGAUCGAGCCCAUUCCCGGAGAGUCGCCCAAAAUGUUCGGCCGACACUUCGACGAGACGGACAUGCUCGUCAGCAAGAUAUCGCGCGCGAGUAUCGACGCGUGCAAGGAUUACUUCCGCGACGACCUUAUCAAGACCGAUUGGCAGCUGAUGGUCGAAUUGAAGAAACUGUUCCAGAUCCUCUAGGAACCUCUCCUCUGGUCUCCAAUGAGACUCAAAGCUCUCGUCCUUUACGUCGUAGAUGCGAACCUAUUCGCUAUAAAUAUCGUCCCCCCGUGUCUGAUCCAUCUAACAGUCGCACGGAAUCUCAUCCUAGCGCAGAUUUUUUUUAUAAAAAUAAGUUGGAUUUUUACGCAAAAAAAAUGUUUUCUCUCAUAUUUGCCAUAUGUUUUAUAUGUUGUAACUUGUCGAUAAAUUUGCAAUACAUUGUAUAUAGACCAUUUAUACAUUAUUUAUUUGGUUCAAACCAACAGACAACCUUUUGAUAUCUUCGAGAAUGUGAGCCGAGUCGUGUUGAAUGUUUGGAAUAUAUUUAUUUGUAAAUAUUUGAGAAUUAUAGAUAAAUUAUUGCUUAUGAAGUUAUAAAGGCAGUCAUUGAAGCGUAUUGUUUAGUGCAAUAUAAGAUCUCAUUGAUACGCUCAGUCGAUGCUUAAAAUCGAUUUUACAUCAUCGAUAUAUUUGCUUUUACUUGAUGUAAGAUAUCGAUUAUUAGAUCGCAUAACAAUGGAAACCGACCUUUAGGCUGCAAAGCAUUAUUUAUUUCAAGUUACUAAUUGUCUUUUUUGUCGAUUAAACAUCGAUGAAAUGCUUUGAUGUGUCAAAUAACCCACGUUAAAAUCGACGAAAUUAUUUACUUGACAGUUUAAGAAACUUAUGAUAUUGUUUUUAGAGUUUCCAUUGUAAAAAAACUGUAUUUAAACAUAAUUCCUCCCGUUUCUAUUAAGAAAGGUGGAAACCCAAGGUUACUAUUACUUUGAAGGUCAAAUGUUUUUUUUAAUAAGAAGCUGUCGCGAACGUUCCUAGAGUUAACUAGAUCGGAAUCAAAAGAAGAUACAGAAGGUUGUACUUUGUGUAGGUAUUUAUCCAUUUUUUUUAAAUGAUUUGUACUAUAUAGAUGGAAUCGGACAUAUUCUUAUAUUGAAGAAGUUUUAUUAAAUUGAUAAAUACGUAA